AUGGGCUGUAGUGAAGAAGAGAAGGCGUGCUUUUGGGAAGAUCUGGAGCAGUACGUCCAAUCCCUAGAAGGCGAAGUACUUCUAAUCGGAGGAGACUUCGACGGACAUGUCGGUUCUCGGAAAGACGGGUUCGAGAGUUGUCAUGGUGGAUACGGUUGUGGAGUUCGUAACGACGACGGGUUGCGAAUCCUGGAGUAUGCUGUUGCAAGUGACUUGAUCAUUGCUAACACGCAGUAUAGGAAAAGAAAAUCGCAUUUGAUCACGUACACCAGCGGCAGUCGUGAAACACAAAUAGAUUUCUGGAUGUUACGCCGACGAGAUCGCCGACUUCUGCAGGAUUCAAAAGUCAUCCCUACAGAUCAUGUCGCUGCCCAACACCAUCUGCUCAUUAUGGACUUGAAAAUCUCCCGUCCAAGGAAGAGACAUCCAAGAACUGAAACACAGCGCAUCAAAUGGUGGAAUCUGAAGGAUCGAAAGGAGAUAUUUUUGCGCUGCGUGGUUUGGAACGAGGAAGUUCAGGCGGCAAUUUGUGAGAAGAAGUUCAAGUAUAAGCUCUGGUGGAGGACACGUCAGCCUGAAGAUCAGGGUGCUUACCUAGCGGCGAAAAGGGAGGCUAAGAAGGCAGUCUCCAAGGCGAAGUCGGACUGCCACAAGGCUGUGUACGACAUGCUUGAUACCAGAGAGGGCGAGCGGGCAGUGUAUCGUUUAUUCAGAGCACGUCAUCGCUCAAACUUGGAUAUGGAACACACCAAGAUCGUUAAGGGAGCUGAUAGAGCCGUUCUGCGCCGCCCUGGUCAGAUCCUGGAGAGGUGGCGAGAGUACUACAACCACUUGUGUAACGAAGAGUUCUAUCAUCCUCCGAUCCCAACUGUUCCCAGCUUCGAGGGUUCUGUUCUACCAAUUACUGCCGUCGAAGUCAGUGCUGCCCUCGCAAAAAUGAAGUCGAACAAGGCAACAACAAGGUCCUGA